UUCCGUUGGCCGGGCUGCCCGUUCUCCGAAGAACACCCACACCGGCAAGGAGGGUUACACGUCGCUGGUGGUGGAGUGCACGUGUGACCAUUCUGGCCGCAUCAUCGCGGCAACCAAGACUUACCCGGGAGCCGAGAACGACAAGACGGUCAUCGCACGGGACAAGUCCAUCUGGCGAAUAUGAGAUGAGGAGCCGUGGAAGAGCUAAAAGUUCAAGCUCUGACGGCACGGAGACGGAGUACACAGGGGCGUGGUUCAUCGUGGACGCGGGGUACCCGAAGGUUAGUUUCGGUUGUCGGUUUUUAACCACUUUUUUGUUGUUGGUGUGGAUGGGCGUGACUAUAGCUUGGCCCGUACAUUGUUGACAUACCCCCGCCCACAGAAGCCGUCAUGUUUGUAAGUGCGAAAACCUCUGGCGAAACCCCGUCGCGUUCGGUCCUUGCUUUUUCUGUUGCUCCGGUCAUGGUGAGGAAACCGUGUGUAUUAUUCCCCUCCGGGAUCAGUUCACACCCGCCAGACAAGAACGUUGCCGUACUCUACUUAGUACGUGUACCCGUACCACUUCGUGUUUUGCAUUCCCGUCCAUCCUGGCUGUUUGUUAUUUUUGACUUGGGGAGGAGGUGGGAGCGUAAGUGUCUAUUUAGUUGUCAAGGAAUUAUUUGUUGGCACGCCUUGCCCCUCUGCGCAGUCCUUGGAGACAGAUCACAUUUUUUCGACACAAGUUCGCAUUAAACUAACACCCGAUAGCCAUUUUCGCUCUGCCGUAUCAUAGAUCCCGCUUAUGAUUCCACCGAUCUAGACGCACAACACCGUCGAAGAGCACGAUUGGAGCAGGCGGUUGGAGAGCAUGCGCAAGGACAUCGAGUGUUGCUUCGGCAGAGUCAAGGGGCGCUGGAGGCUUUUCGGUGGUGACAUCUUGUUUUCCACACGACAGAAGGUUGACAACACGUGGUUCACCGCGUGCAUUCUCCACAACAUGCUCCACAGCUUCAACCACCUCGACGAGAUGGAGGAGGAAGCCGAUUGGGUGGGGUCGGCAGGGAGGUUGGGGGAGGCGACGGCAGUGGCGGCGGCCAUGGACGUGGACGAGGAAAGAGAGACUCCGACUCCCGGCUUCGAAGAGUUUCGCAGGAAGCUCAUCGCGCACUUCACGUGCGCGUGGGAGAAGGAGAUUUUGUGGUUUUAGAGGGCGGAGGUUUAGAAUAUACGUGGUACAUAUAGUCGGUAAGGUAUGGGGGUGGGGAGUUGUUUUGGUUUUUUUGGCGUGUAUGGGCGAACCCUAAAAUAUAUCUUUGUGUUGUGUGUUUUCUUUUGGCGUGCGUCUGAUAGGGUGAGGGCGUGAUUGCAUCUGUCACUAGUAUUAUCGGCAUGUGGCGACCUUCUUUUGGUGUUGUGAUGACGUUCGUUGUCCCGAGCUCCAGCGGUAUCAGGGUAAGGGUAAGCGUUAGCUCCCGCGUGGUGUUUGAUUUUGGGUUGGGGACACCCACCACGCCACCUGCGUCCCUCAGCAUCGUUUGACGAUCAUUUUGCUGUCGCGCACAUCAGUCACAUAGUCGGACUUUUUUUUCCAACACAGCAGUUGGUUCUCACGGGGGCAGGCUGCCGUGCGUUACUUUUGUUCUUGUUUUAUGUUGAACCACAGCCCAAUAUCCGCGAAGGUUCCCGACUUGCUGUUUUUCGUUCAGGCGGUCGUUGCUCUGUGUUUUGUCCUCCAUGUAGAUUUGGGCGCUCUUAUUUUCCAACAGCUUUUCGUUCGAUUUUCUGCCCAUAAUUCUGCCCUUCAUGCUUUUGGACAUUUCGGGUAGUUUUCCGAGGUUUGCUUUUGAUCACGCUGAUGAAACAGU